UCCCCACCUGCGUCCUCCUGUCCCUUCUCUGACUCCAUCUCUCCUCUGUCCCUGGUCCCCACCUGCGUCCUCCUGUCCCUUCUCUGACUCCAUCUCUCUCCUCUCUUUAUCUCUGAGACUCCUUCCUCUCCCCUGUCCCUCUGUCUGUCUGUCCCUCUGGGUGUCUUCUUCCCCCUCCCUGGGGAUCCCCCACCCCCACUGUGCUGGCGGAAGGAAGGGAAGGAGCUCGGAGCCCAGCCCGCGUGCUGGGAAAGGCCACUGGGUCACUUCUCCCUUUCGGGGCCUCCUUCCCUGCCCCACCCCCAGCCCUCCGCCGCCUGCGCCCACAGCGGCCAGUGAAGCGGGCUGGGGAUUCCACCGCCUUUGCUCAUCUCUCCACUGGCCCCAAACCGGCCAGUGAGUCAGACCCGGGAAGGGAGGCUGGGUGGCGGGCUGGGCCUUCCCCGGCCGGUCCCCGUGCCCUGCCUCCUGCCAAGCCUCACAGCAGACCCUGCAAGCACAUCACCACAGCCAUGGCCCUGAGGCUCCUGCUGGCCCUGGCCGUCUGGGCAGGCUCAUCCUGUGGUGGGACGGAAGUGGCUCCAAGCCAGCCCCGGGUGCAAUGCCGCGCCUCCAGAUACCCAGUUGCUGUGGACUGCUCCUGGACCCUGCCGCCGGCUCCCAAUUGCACGGGGGCCACGUCCUUCAUUGCCACGUACAGGUUGGGAGUGGCCGCCCAGGGGCAGAGCCGGCCCUGCCUCCAGCCGACCCCCGAGGCCACCUGCUGCACCAUCCGCGACGUCCAGCUCUUCUCCCUGGCGCCCUAUGUGCUCAAUGUCACGGCCGUGCACCCGGGGGGCGCCAGCAGUGGCUUCGCCCCCUUCGUGGCAGAGCACGUCAUCAAACCGGAUCCCCCUGAGGCCGUGCACCUGAGCCCCCUCCCUGGGCAGCGUCUGCAGGUGCGGUGGGCGCCCCCGCGGUCCUGGCCCUUCCCGGAGCUCUUCUCACUCAAGUAUUGGAUCCGCUACAAGCGUCAGGGAGCCUCCCGCUUCCGCCAGGUGGGGCCCAUUGAAGCCACGUCCUUCACCCUCAGAGCCGCGAGGCCCCGCGCCCGGUACUGCGUCCAGGUGGCAGCCCAGGACCUCAUGGACUACGGGGAGCCCAGCGACUGGAGUCUCCCUGCCGCUACCCCCAUGACCCUGCGCUUGUAGUGGAGCCUCCCAGGGCCCCCACAGAGGGACCGGGGUCCUGGACACCACCUCUCUGUCACUGUCCAUAGAGGGUGGGUGGGAUCCACCUGGCCUGCAUGCAGCUGCUGGCUUUGCUGCCACCCAGCAGCAGGACAAUCUUGAUGAGCAGCUUUGCCUGCCUGAGCCUCAGUUUCCCCAACUGUGACACAGGGACAUGCUGUCUCCUUCCGUCACACUGUAGGGCUUUGUGAACUGUGAACCUGAAAUACUUUUUAUUAGAUAAUUUAACUAGAAAAGGGUCGUUGAUGGAAGCAGAA